UGUUUUGUACUCUAUCUAUUCUAGAGAUUUUCGAGAAUAUGUAGAAUGUUUAUAAAAAAUAAGGUAAUAAAUUACAAUUUUACAUAGCUUUUUUGGAAAUUGAUCAGUGUACGAAUACUUUUUACACUCACUGAAUAUUCCUUACCAUUUGUGUGUGAUUAAAUAAUUUUUAAAGCCCUUUUGGAGAACCUUUAGAAUCGUGUGCGUCAGGCCAGUCCACGUGCAUGAUGCCCCUAAUGUUUCCCCCACCACGAUCCUGCUGGGAUGCGCGCUCGACGACCACGCAGGUCCAAGCUCUGCUCCACGGAGCUCUACGCUGAGUCGUUCUCCGUCGGUUGCCGCGCGUGGAAGGGAGAGGAGCUGCCCGUCGGGCCUCGCUGUGAGGCCCUCAAGCCUCGCUCGUGGACAUGCCUGACGUUCACGAUGAGGCAGCACUCGAACGGAGCCAGUUAACGAACGAAUUUUUUUAUUCGAACGGAUCGUAGUCGCGUAGACGUUAUUACCUGAAAAUCGCGAAUGAAAGUGGUGCUGUCUGUUGGGAAGAAUCUGUGCGGGGUUGCGUCACGAUAGACUCCACGUUAUCCGCUUUGAUGGACGAUCUAAAUCAUCUCGUCGCUCCGAUUGCCGAGAUGCUGAAUUGCCUUUUCUUUCUAUCGCAGGGUAUUGCGACGUUCGAUGAUUGCGCACCUAUUGACACGAAGGACGCGAAUCUCAAAUGAUGCGCGAGUCUCUAGGUCCGGUCUCGAGUUUCAUCUGGAUCAUCUGGAUCGGUUCAUCUGGCACCGGGAUCACUGUUACUAUGUCGAUUGGAGGAGCUUGGAGUUCUACGAUCUUUUGCCGGAGGAUCCGAAGCUUUACGAUAAAAUGCGGCCGCCCAAGAAAGAUGGACAAGCUACUGUAGUCUAUUUCCACGUCACCGUUAUGGGACUCGACUCCAUCGACGAAACUUCAAUGACUUAUGCAGCUGAUAUAUUUUUCGCUCAAACCUGGAAAGAUAACAGGCUACGACUACCAGAAAAUAUGACGUCUGAAUAUAGAUUACUAGAAGUGGACUGGUUGAAGAACAUGUGGAGGCCGGAUUCGUUCUUCAAGAAUGCCAAGUCCGUGACGUUUCAGACGAUGACCAUUCCUAAUCAUUACUUAUGGUUGUACAAAGACAAGACUAUUCUAUAUAUGGUCAAAUUAACUUUAAAACUUUCUUGCGCCAUGAAUUUCCUCAUCUAUCCUCACGACACGCAGGAGUGCAAGCUACAAAUGGAAAGCUUGUCGCACACCACGGAUGAAAUGAUCUUCCAGUGGGAUCCUGACGUGCCACUCGUCGUCGACGAGAACAUCGAGCUGCCGCAAUUGCAACUGGUUAAGAAUUACACGGCCGAUUGCACGCAGGUCUAUUCUACCGGUAAUUUCACCUGCCUCGAGGUAAUCUUCGUCCUGAAACGUAGGCUCGGCUACUACUUGUUUCACACUUACGUUCCUACUUGUCUGAUCGUCAUCAUGUCGUGGGUGUCGUUCUGGAUAAAACCGGAAGCCGCGCCAGCCAGAGUGACAUUAGGCGUAACUUCAUUGCUGACCCUUUCGACGCAACACGCGAAGAGUCAGGCGUCUCUGCCUCCUGUUUCGUAUCUAAAGGCCGUGGACGCGUUCAUGUCCGUGUGCACGAUUUUCGUGUUCAUGGCUCUGAUGGAGUAUUGCCUGGUGAACAUCGUCCUCGGCGAUUCGGACGCGCCGGCCGCGAAACCGACGCCUCCGCCGCCGCCGCCGUCUUCGAGUGGCACGGACACGGCGAAGCUCGACAAAAUAUUCGACAUCGCCACUAAGGAAAACGCAAUGUUGUUGUCCGGUCGAUCGCAGAAAUCGCCAGCAGAUCCACCGCCAGGCCCGACACCCGCCCAAAAGGCUCGAAUGCGUGCCUUGAACAUCGAUCGAGUCUCGCGGGUCUUCUUCCCUUUCCUAUUCGCCCUAUUAAACGUAACUUAUUGGAUAAUGUUUGCCGAGUACAUUUAAGGAACCGUGGAAACAGAUCUCUUCCAUCUCUUUCUCCCAGGAAGAAAGAAAGAACAAGAAGAAGGAACAAGAAUGGAACAUAGGAGAGACGUACCGACGCCAUUUUCGACAGAUCGUUCUCUGUAUCGUCCGUAUCGGGAUUUGGACGGAAAUAAGAUGAUGUCUUUUACGAGGAAAGCACCCUAUCUGUCUUCGUUCAACUUUAAGGUAGUUGUUUCGAGAUAGUCACGUUCAAAAGUAUAAUUGAAAACUUUUGUAAAAUACAGUCUUACUGCUACACGUCCAUAAGAAAUCAAUACGUACAUAGUAUACGCAUACGUUCGUAAUACUCGGGAUAUGAUUGGGGCAGCAAUGCUGAUUGUUAAUGUUACUGCGCAACUUCUCCAUGUUCAGUUUCAAAAUUUAAUGAAUUACACCUCGGCAGAGAUGGGCAAAACCCUAAGCUUCGAAUAAAUUUGAAGUUUGCCGAUAUGUUUGUUUCGUUUCCUCUUUUGGACAUUUUUCAAAGAAGGAAACGAGACAAAUAUAUCGGCAAACUUCAAAUUUAUUCGAAGACUAGGGUUUUGCCUAUCUCUGCAUCUCGGUAACGAUGCGGUCAAUAAUUGGUAUUUUUCUUUUAAAUGGUUUAUAAUUUCGGUUCUUUGUAACAUAUCAAAUUUUCAGCAAGUUCCUAAAUUGCAUUUUGAUUUGAAUUGAAUAAAUUCACGUGGAAAUCUGUGUGUUCCAUAAGGGUCUGUUUUAAAAUAACAAAAUUUUGAUAUCAGUUUUUAUAAAAGUAGGGUGAUCAAUUUAAAUCGAAAUAGAUUCAUGUGAUUCAUAUUUGAUCAGAUAACAAGCGAGCGAAGUUUUGUUAAAAUCCUACAUUAAAUAUAUUCAUGGAACAACUAUCUUAAGGAAGGAAACCACGUUAGGAGGACAAAUAAGAUUGUUUUUCCGGCUGUCGUAACUCGUGGAACGUAGGAAACAAAGACUACGAGCACAGGUUCCAACACUAAACCUACCGUUUUUCAUUUUUUGGGUACAAUUACGUACAAUAUAAAAAUUGUAUACAACUUAAAAUUAAUUAAAUUUAGAUAUAUACAAUAUAAACAUUGUGUACAAUUGUUUCAUGUGUUAUUGAAUUUAGUAUCACGUGAAAUAUUUUCCCAUGCAAUUGAAAAAAGUGUCUUCAAGAUCAGUCAUUUUAUUGCUCAUUGCAGAUAUAGAUACAAAUAAAUUUCGGUAGGUUUAGUGUUAAAUAAAUUAUAAAUUUAUCAGAUCGCAAAUUUAAAAAUGAAGAAAAUACUUGAUGCGACACGAUGACGAAGUCAAUUAGUCGUGUUCUUCUAAUUUUGAUUGAUCCUCUUGUUUCCAAGUGAGAAAGGGAACGAAACGAAAAGACGCGCAGAGAGCAAUCAAUUCUGAUUAAUGUAGCCGAAUGAAUAAUCAAAGAUGUGCGACUGUAUCAGAAGUUCGUGUCACUGAUCGUGUAAUUAAUCCAAGCGCAGAAAUAUUCCGAAAUGUCGUCACACACUCGAGCUAAUAAGAUUCAACAUCGAACUUCCGAGAACGCGGAAAGAAAAUACUUUUCUGCGUACGAAAGUCUCCGUAACAUCCAAAUAAUACGUCAAACGGAAAUGGACGAGAAAACGCGCUUGACGCGCGCUUUGAAGCAAAAUAGUAAUAAAAAAGAAAACACUAUAUAUAAACGUGUCACGUAUACGUGACGCUAUUAAUUAAGUUUGUUACGACUUGAAAUUCUAAACCUGCAGAUUUUUGUAGCGACGAUUUCGAGCAUGAACGUGAAAUUUUAUUGAAUUGUUAAUCGUUAUCGAAAAAGAGUGACUACGCGUAAAGUAGUCUCGCCUAAAAAAAAACAUGUAAAAAAAAAUAAAAAUAAAAUAUGAGACGGUGUAUCGAAAGAGCACAGAAAAAUGUAGCGAAUAUAUCGAAGAAACUCUAAGCAAUGGCCUCGAACGAAAGGAUUCGAGAUCCGAGUGCUUUCGGAUAAUUCUGUUGUGCGUCGAGUGAGAGGCCACGUGUACAGCUAAUAGCAACAAUAGCCACGUUUCGUUUAGAGAACUAAUAGCGAAGACUACGUGUUAUUUGUUCUCUUCUUUUCUUCCCUCCGCCGAGGGUGUCCACGUUCGUUUCUAAACUAAUUCGUUUUUAUGCUCUAAUGAAACAUUUUGUAAAUUCUA